AUGGAGUGCAAACUCCAUUUCUUUUUUUCAACAUUUAUCUUGAGGCCCGAUGACACAAACGGGACCGACGAUUCAGACGGGUCCGACAACCCGAAUGGGCUCGAUGAUCCAGACGGGUCCGACGACUCAAACAGGGCCGACGACCCAGACGGGUCCAACGACCCAAAUGGGCUCGAUGAUCCAGAUGAGUCUGACGACCCAGACAAGCCCGACGGGCCCGACGACCUAGACGGGCCCGACGACCCAGACGGGCUUGACGAACCAGACGGGUUCGACGAUCUAAAUGGGCUCGAUGAUCCAGACGAGCCCGUCCGUCGACCCGGACGGGCCCGACGACUCGAAUAG